AUGCUCACCACGACUACAACUGGCCCAACUACCACUACUACAGCUGCACCUACCGCCUCCACUAUGCCUGCUGCAACCUCUACAGCUGCAUCCACCGCCAUCACGACACCUGCACCUACCGCCACUACAGCUACCCCAACCAUCUCUACCAUAGCUGGCCCAACCACCUCCACUACACCUGCACCUGCUGCCACCUCUACAGCUGCACCUACCGCCACCUCUACAGCUGCACCUGCUCUGCCCCUGCUGCAACCUCUACAGCUGCACCUGCUGCAACCUCUACAGCUGCACCUGCUGCAACCUCUACAGCUGCACCUACAGCUGCCCCUGCUGCAACCUCGACAGCUGCACCUGCUCUGCACCUGCUGCAACCUCUACAGCUGCCCCUACAGCUGCCCCUGCUGCAACCUCGACAGCUGCACCUGCUGCAACCUCUACAGCUGCACCUACAGCUGCCCCUGCUGCAACCUCUACAGCUGCACCUGCCGCAACCUCUACAGCUGCACCUACAGCUGCCCCUGCUGCAACCUCUACAGCUGCACCUACAGCUGCACCUGCCGCAACUUCUACAGCUGCACCUACAGCUGCACCUGCUGCAACCUCUACAGCUGCACCUACAGCUGCCCCUGCUGCAACCUCUACAGCUGCACCUGCCGCAACCUCUACAGCUGCACCUACAGCUGCCCCUGCUGCAACCUCUACAGCUGCACCUACAGCUGCACCUGCCGCAACUUCUACAGCUGCACCUACAGCUGCACCUGCUGCAACCUCUACAGCUGCACCUGCUGCAACCUCUACAGCUGCACCUACAGCUGUCCCAACCAUCUCUACCACAGCUGCACCUGCCGCUAA